AUGGCGGCCUAUCAGCUGGAGCCUGAGAGGCAGCCUCCGAAAACAGGAAGAUGCAAGGAGAAUGUCAUCUGCUGGGAAAGGAGCCUCACUGACGGCGACACCCGCAGUAUCGACCCACAACAUCCCAGUGACUUUGGGGACUGGGGACUUUUAACUAAAACAUCAAGAUGA